AUGGCGGAGUUUGAUGACCAGCACAGUAGAAUCCCUGAGCGUGCCUUUUUGGCCAUCCUAUGGGCCUUCACUGGGAUAUCAUUAUCCUUCGUUCUUUUUCGCAUUUAUGUGCAAUUUGCCUCAUUCCGCCGUCUUUUCAUAGAUGACUUUCUGGUUAUAUCUGCCUGGAUCAUCAUCCUUACCGCUGCAAUUGUUUGGCAGGUGAAGGGGCAUAUCCUUUACGAACUUUAUGCGAUCAGCGCGGGCAUGGAGCCUUUCACCCUCGAGUUUCUACCAAGGUACAACAAUUUUAUGCGCUACAACGUGCUAUUCCAGAUUUUAUUCUAUACGGGGUUGUGGUGUAUAAAAUUCUCAUUUAUGACAUUCUUCUAUCGCUUCAGCUCGAAGGUAAAAACUUUGCGUGUCUGGUGGUUUGUUGUGCUCUUUUGUACCGCGGCUGUCUAUAUCGCCUCUAUUGGUGACAUUGAAUACAAAUGCAGCUUGGGGGGAAUUGAAUAUAUUAUUACCCAAUGUCCCCAACUUAACCACGUUCACUACGAAAAUCGCAGCUUCUGGGCCAACGCUACCGGUGAUAUUAUCACAGACUUGAUGAUCCUAUCUAUUCCGUUCCUGGUAUUAUGGAACACCCGUAUCUCGUGGCGCAAGAAGCUCGUCCUGCUCAGCAUGUUCUCUGCCACCAUCCUGAUCAUGAUCAGUGCGAUCAUUCGUGUCGCUGUUGGUAUGAACUAUGAUCGUCAAAUCAAUAUCGACUGGUUGUGUUUCUGGAGCUUCGUUGAGGUUGACAUUGCGAUCAUUGUUUCUUGUGUCACUUCCCUUCGGCAACUUUUUAUCACCUUCCAAAGCCAGAGCCCAUCUGCCCGGGCGGUGUACCAUAACACAUACGAUCCCAUUCUGAAGAAGUCGAAAGAGGCGUAUAAUCAAGAUCUAUCACAAUCUGUUGGGGACAUCCAGUUAUCAGCGGCUGAUGAGGAAUCCAUGAACCCAUUAAGCAUCGUUCCUGUCCGUGGGGAUUAUGAAGUCAACCGUGGUGCUCCAAUUCCGUCUGUAGAUGGCUAG